AUUAUUGCAGGAAUAAUGCCUUUCCGUCAGAAUUUCAUCAUAAUUUUUGUGUUCUUUGGGAUGGUAUUGAGUUGGCUCAUUUACCUGAACAACAAACAGUGCAGCUGCAAUCAGCAGAUUAUAGAACAAGUCAUUAUCAAGCCAAAAUGGAAGCAAAAGACCUUUGGAUUGCAUUCAGCGCCAGGGUUGUUGUACAACCAGCCAAAUGUGUUGAUAGGUCGGACAGAUAUUGCUUCUGUGUCACCAUGGGCAGCUCCAAUCAUUUGGGAGGGAACCUUUGACCCCACGCUGAUCGACUCUAUCUACAAACAACACAAUCUCACCAUAGCAACCACUGUCUUUGCUUUGGGAAAAUACACGCGUUUUAUCAAAGAUUUUCUGGAGUCAGCAGAGCAGCAUUACUUUGUUGGAUUUCGAGUGCAUUUCUACUUGUUUACAGACCAACCAGAAUCAGUUCCUGAAGUGAAGAUGGGUGAAAACCGUACGUUGUCAGUUCGAAAGGUUCCGACUUUGAACCGAUGGCAGGACAUCAGUAUGAGCAGGAUGGAGAAACUGGAAAAACUAAUAGAGGAGGAACUAGCCAAUGAGGCUGACUAUAUUUUCUGUCUUGACAUAGAUACAAAGUUCUACGGCCGGUGGGGUGCAGAGACUUUGGGUCGUCUUGUAGGUGUGAUACAUCCUUGGCUUUAUAAUGUUCCAAGGAAUCAGUUCACAUAUGAGCGUAGACCAGAGUCUAAAGCAUUUAUUGCAGCUGACGAAGGUGAUUAUUAUUAUGCCGGUGCUGCGUUUGGUGGCACAUUGGAGGAAGUACAUCAUCUCACCAAAACCUGCAGGGAGCAGCUGAGCAUCGAUGCUGCAAACUCUAUUGAGGCUGUAUGGCAAGAGGAGUCUCACUUGAACAAGUAUUUCCUUUUGAACAAACCCAGUAAACUGCUGUCUCCUGAAUAUAUGUGGAGGGAUAUCAAUGAAAGUGCAGUCCAAAUAAAAAUAGUUCGCUUCACUAAUGUACCUAAAAACUAUGCUGAAGUUCGCCCAAACCCAUAAAAACUGUUGCCAGGCAUACAUUUACACUGUUACCAAUCAAAAGAAUGUGAAUCUGUUAACAGGUAAUACUGGUGACAGCGAGGACCACAUUUCCUACCAAGAAAAAAAAUAAUCGCAGACAUGUACAGAUGCUUAUAUGAGCACUAAAUGGCAUCAGAAACAAUACCUGCCAAAAUCUUUCUCAAUAAACAAUAUGAACUUAUCAAGUUUUUGCAAUACUCUUUGUGUAACAGAUUGCAAUUUGCAUGUAUUGAAACAAUCCUUUGAUACACGACUUUUAUAAAAAUAGUUGAGGGAGGGUGUUUAUGGAGUUGAAGCUAAAGCAAAUUGUUUAAAAAAAACAACUGUAACAAUAUGUAUUAGCAACAUUUUUGAUUUAUUUGGGCAAAGAAUUCACUCAAAACUGUUUACUGGAUGUUCUUACACAAAACAGAAACUCUGGUCAAAAAACUGUUGCUUCAUCAAAAAAUAAAUAAAAUAAAUUUAUUUUACUUUUUUUUUGCAAGCACAUUACCAGCAUAAACCUGCAAAAAAAAAAAAAUGAUCGGGAGCUGUUUAUGCAUAUGUGUGCUUAUUUGUUUUCAAUGCAGCUAACCUUGAACAAUAAAAUAAAUAAAAUUAAUCCUUAUGUUUAUUCUUUUUAACUUUGUUCUUUAAGUAAAUAUCAAAAGACAUGAUCAUAUAUUUGAACUAAGGCAACAGAGCUAUAACAGAGAAUGCCUCCAACACUCCCUCUUCAGGCCGUCAAAGGGAGAAUUCCCCCAAACUCUUGUUUUUACUCCAUUUCCCAUGAGCCCUGUACCUGGCACUGAUCACCUGUGGCACCUGAGACUCAUUAACUGGGCUUUAUAAGAAGCAUUUGGAGGAUCACUCUUUGUGAAGUCUUCUUGUAGCUUGGUGAAUAUUUCUGAUUGGUUUUCUUUGUAUUCAGACUGAGUCCUGUUAUUACGUUGCUUGUCUAUUGUUUGACUGUUGUUUGCUGCUAGCCUACUAACCCACUAACCCACACCUGUUUUUUUGACCACUGCCUCUUGGUUGCUGCCUGGCCUGACACAUGUGCAGUGACCUGACUACUUGCAAGUAUACUCUCAUGUUUGUCUGCCCUGAGCUCUGCUUUGUUGAUUGACCACAUUAUUGCCUGCUCCUAUUAUCUGCAUGUUUUGUUCUAUGUUCUGUGAACAGAUCAAGUUAUUUCCAAUAAAGCUGCCAACGGAUCCCAGCCUCCAUGUCGGUUCAUUACAGAAGACAUUUGUCCACUGAGUUAUCCUCUCAUCCUCUCAAGUGGUCUACUCGCCACCACCAACUGCAAAAUCUCACAACAUUAACAGAGGAACCUUAUAAAGACUUAACAGGCAAUAAAACCCAGAACCUGCCCCUCGUGCCACUGCCCCUGUAAUGGCCACCGCAUAUCCACUGCACAUGUGUCAAUCAUCCUGGGAUUACCCUUGGCUCCAACAGCAUAGCCUCAACAUCUCUUGGUGUGAAGAACAGACUCUACUGGAGACCCAACUGUUUUCCCCAAUGUCUUUCUAAAGUUACAUCCCUCAAACUUUGAGCGGUCAACGUCACAGAAUCCCCAGAUCUGCCCGAGGCCUACCAAGAUCUGAGUGAGGCCUUACAUAGUCAAGGCAUCACAACUUCCACUUCUCACCGCUUGUCAACAAGGUGUUCAUGAAAUGCAUCAUAGUCUGCAUCAAUAUUCUCAUUUAUUCAGAUACUCUGGAUGUCAAAUCAGUUCUGCACCAUCUAAUCCAACACAAGUUAUAUGCCAAGGCUAAGGAAUGUGAGUUCCACACCACAUCCGUUUCACUUCUGGGCUACAUCCUCAGCCAGGAAGGGGUAGCUAUGGACGACAGUAAAGUCAUUGCUGUCCCAAACUGGCCACUUCCUGGAAACCUAAAGGAGUUACAGAGGUUCUUUUAGGAUUUGCUGACUUCUACCGUCACUUCAUCAGAGGCUUUAACCCAGUCGCUGCUCCCCUCAUGGCGAUGUCAAGGAAGGGGAAUCAUCUUCGUUGGUCCCGACAUUAUUGGAAGCGUUCAAUGAAUUUAAAACAUUUCACCAUUGCCGUUCAUAGUGGAGGUGGAUGCUUCUAAUGUCUUGGAGCUAUUCUGUCAUAACACCAAGAUAACCCAGCAAAGAUGUUCCCCAUUGCCUUCUCACGUCACGUAAACUGUCCCCCUUGCUGAAAGGAAUUACAACGUUGAUGACUGAACUAUUGGUUAUCAAAGCAGUGCUCGAGGAAUGAAGACAUUGGCUGGAGGGAGCCUAGCACCUAAUUCUGUUAACCAACCACCACAAUCUACACCUUUAUUUGAAAUCUGCCCGCAGACUGAAUCCCUGACAGGCCUGAUAGUAUUUGUAAUACCUAAGUGCAUCAUGAGGAGAGAAAGUUAUGAGGUCACCUGCUGGCCAACCAUAAAAUUGCACCUAAAAUUUACUUCUCUGCAAUGUGACAAGUAUUUUUAUGCAUUGAACAUUAAUUCCAUUUAGAAAUAAUGAAUAAAGAAAUAAAAUGACAUAACUGAGCACAAAUAAAUGAUAGCAUAACAAAGUACACUGUUGUAUAUGAACAUUUUCAAGGACAGUACAAACGUUGUAUUUAACCGGUAAAGGGUUAGUAAGAAAAGCUAAAGGAAGAUCUCAAAAAAUGUUUUGACUUACUGGCAUGCAUGUCUUGGUUGGUCAACAUGAGGUCUCCUCUCAUCUUCCUCCCUGAUGUCCAAGAGCACUCUUGCCCGCACUGCAAUGUUGUCCAGUGCAACCUUGCAAUCUUGUCCUGACUACAACCACAUGCAUUCUCAAAUCACUGAGGUGUUGUGGCUGUAGCCUGAACAAUUGAAGAUGGA